UUCUCAUGAAGAACCACUCAGAUUCUUGUCACUUCUCAAAGCAUCUCCGUCGUGAACAUGGCCCUGCCACCCUUCUUCGGCCAGGGUCGCCCAGGCCCACCGCCCCCGCAGCCGCCGCCUCCUGCUCCUUUCGGCUGUCCGCCACCGCCGCUGCCCUCCCCGGCUUUCCCGCCGCCUCUCCCCCAGCGGCCCGGCCCUUUUCCGGGGGCCUCCGCCCCCUUCCUUCAGCCUCCGCUGGCUCUGCAGCCCCGAGCCUCCGCGGAGACCUCCCGUGGCGGAGGCGGCGCUGGCGCCUUCUACCCGGUGCCACCACCGCCGCUGCCUCCUCCGCCGCCCCAGUGUCGGCCCUUCCCGGGGACCGACGCCGGCGAGCGGCCGCGGCCACCGCCUCCCGGCCCGGGGCCGCCCUGGAGCCCGCGGUGGCCUGAGGCGCCGCCGCCGCCGCCGCCGGCCGACGUGCUCGGGGAUGCGGCCCUCCAGCGCCUGCGCGACCGGCAGUGGCUGGAGGCGGUGUUCGGGACCCCGCGGCGGGCGGGCUGUCCGGUGCCCCAGCGCACGCAUGCCGGGCCCAGCCUUGGCGAAGUGCGCGCGCGAUUGCUCGGGGCUCUGCGCCUGGUGCGGCGGCUGCGCGGCCUGAGCCAGGCCCUGCGCGAGGCGGAAGCCGACGGCGCGGCCUGGGCCCUGCUGUAUUCCCAGACCGCGCCGCUGCGGGCGGAACUGGCCGAGCGGCUACAGCCGUUGACCCAGGCUGCCUAUGUGGGCGAGGCGCGGAGGAGGCUGGAGAGGGUCCGGCGCCGCCGGCUGCGGCUUCGCGAGAGGGCCCGGGAACGCGAGGCCGAGCGGGAGGCAGAGGCCGCGCGGGCAGUGGAACGCGAGCAGGAGAUUGACCGCUGGAGGGUGAAGUGUGUGCAGGAGGUGGAGGAGAAGAAGCGGGAGCAGGAACUCAAAGCAGCUGCUGAUGGCGUACUAUCUGAAGUGAGGAAAAAACAAGCAGAUACCAAAAGAAUGGUGGACAUUCUUCGGGCUUUGGAGAAAUUGAGGAAACUGAGGAAAGAGGCUGCAGCGAGGAAAGGGGUCUGUCCUCCAGCCUCAGCAGAUGAGACUUUUGAGCAUCAUCUUCAGCGACUGAGAAAACUGAUUAAAAAGCGCUCCGAACUGUAUGAAGCUGAAGAGAGAGCCCUCAGAGUUAUGCUGGAAGGAGAACAAGAGGAAGAGAGGAAAAGAGAAUUAGAAAAGAAACAAAGAAAAGAAAAAGAGAAAAUUUUACUUCAGAAACGUGAAAUUGAGUCCAAGUUGUUUGGGGAUCCAGAUGAGUUCCCACUUGCUCACCUCUUGGAGCCUUUCCGACAGUAUUACCUCCAAGCCGAGCACUCCCUGCCAGCGCUCAUCCAGAUCAGGCAUGAUUGGGAUCAGUACCUGGUGCCAUCCGAUCAUCCCAAAGGCAACUUCGUUCCCCAAGGAUGGGUCCUUCCCCCGCUCCCCAGCAACGACAUCUGGGCAACUGCUGUUAAGCUGCAUUAGUAAAGAUGCUCCAGGAGUGUGGUCCAGCCAACGCUCUUUCCAGCUGUAAAUAUUAGCGAUGGUGCCAUCUUUUGCUGUAGACUAAACUGCAACUUCUAAAUUCCAUGUGGCAUUCCCCUACCCUGAAGUUAUGCUUUCCUUCUGUGCUCUGUGCUGGCCAGAGGUGCCUCUUGAAUCAAAUUAAUAUGGUUUUUCAGGAAAGGACUUAGGUGAACUGAGGUUUUUACCACAGGCAGUGAAUGACCUUGGUUCACCAAAUUUGCCUCUGUUCUGAGGGGCUUGGUCCAGAGUGACUUGUUAAUUUACUCUUAACUUCCUUGUGUGUUGAUGGGUAAGUACACUCAAACACUGAAUACAGGUGUGCGAUGGGUAGAUUUCACAGCCCUUCCACUAAUAGUGAGUGUGAAGGCAAGCUUGAUGCAAAACCUCCUGACCUUUCCUACCUGAAGAGCCCUUUGACUUCUAGGAAGAAAGGUCAAAAACGUUAUCUUCAGUUGUGUUAAUCCCAGUUUUAGUGCAGCUUAGGAGGCUGCUAGUUAGGAAGAUGGCAGUGGCUGUAGGCUGGGUUGCCAGAAAAGAUGGUGGCCUAGUCUUAUUAUUCAGAUGGAGAACUUAGAAAACCUGAAGAGUACCCAAAUUGGAUUGUGUUUUAAUGGACAAUGGCUGUAUUUUUUCCAUGUUAGAAGGAUCCUAAUGAAAGCACCUGUUAUUUUUAAGUUUCUAAGGGUCUAGUUGUUCAGAAUCCCCAAGGAUAUUUCCCUAACCUCACUCAGUCACAUUGUGGGAGCCAGUGUAGCUGUGGAAUUAUCUUAGGAAUUCAAGCUUCUAAAACUAUCCAUGUAGUCAAAUCUGGGGGAAAAAGCAAAUAAAAAUAGUAAAAUUUGGCCGGGCUCAGUGGCUCACACCUGUAAUCCCAGCACUUUGGGAGGCCGAGGCGGGCGGAUCACGAGGUCAGGAGAUCAAGGCCAUCCUGGCUAACACGGUGAAACCCUGUCUCUACUAAAAAUACAAAAAAAAUUAGCUGGGCCUAGGUGGUGCAUGCCUGUAGUUCCAGCUACUGGGGAGGCUGAGGCAGGAGAAUGGUGUAAAACCCGGGAGGCAGAGCUUGCAGUGAGCCGAGAUCACGCCACGGCACUCCAGCCUGGGAGACAGAGCAAGACUCUGUCUCAAAAAAAAAAAAAAAAAGUAAAAUUUAUUUUUUAUAUUCAUUAAUAAAUGCUGUUGUGCUUGGAGAUGAUCACUCAUAUAUAACAUGUCAUUUUUUUGGUUCUGUUUUGGUUUGGUUUUUGCCAAUUAUUUUGUUAUAUUUCCAAAAAACUAAAUAAAAAUCAUUUUUAUUUUUUA